GAUACUAGCCUUUCUUUAUCAUUCUACAAGGAUCCUAUCCCCAUCCUUUUAUACCAUAACACACAUAAUCAUCAGAUACUAGCCUUUCAAGGAUCCUAUCCCCAUCCUUUUAUACCAUAACACAUUUUGAAUUUUGUUCACAUACUCUCCCCUCUUCUACUUGUAGAUGUUAUGACUGUUGGCUGUGUAUUUAGGUAGAUUUUGUUGAACUGGUAGUUUUGUGUAUGUCUUCACGUAUAUUAGUGGCAUGUUGUUAACACCAUUUUUCUGUUUAAGGAUGGGAUACAUGAAGAUCCAAAAUGGAACAUUGUUGUCCAACUUCACCAGGUGUUUCACCAGAUGAAGAGGUAUGAAGAUGUAGAAUCAUCAGAUGGAGAUGCACUGGACUGUGUGACAUCUUUUAUCAAAUCUCACCUUCAAGCUUUAUUACUAUUGCUCAGAGAUUAUCAUCCCAGCCUGGAAGAAAACCAUCAGCACGAUGCCCACGAGGCACUAACAUUGAUUCUGAAUAUUCUAUCUGAAAUAAGUGACAUUGUUCUACCUGUGAGAACAGUCUCUCAUGUGGAAAAUUCCUGUAAGAAAGUUUGUCGUGGGAAGAGGAGGAGAAGGUGUAUUUUCACAAAUCCAAGAAAGAGAAAGAAAAAGGCUGUAGAAAGCAGUUACUGUUUGCCUACAAAUGAUCAGCAAGUGUGUGAAAUGAAGGGAAAACCACAAUGUAACUUUGUCAGGGAUCUGUUUGAAGGUAGAUCGUCAAACAGUACAGUUUGCCUGGAGUGUGAAGACAUAAAGUGCUCAGAGGAGGAGUUUUGGGAUCUCAGUGUUCCAGUUUUAGCCAAUUCUAAAGACGAUAGUGAGGAUGAGGAAGAUGAAUCAGGAGAUGCAAGGAGCAAGUGUUUUCUGUCUGACACAUUGAAGAAGGAGUCUUUGUUACGUGGAGUCAACAAGUAUUACUGUGAAAAAUGUCAUCACUACGUAGAGGCUAGAUGUGGUUUAGUCCUGUACUCGACUCCUCCAGUUCUAAUCCUACAGCUAGGUCGCUUUGACUGCCAAACAAGUUUUCGAGAGCAGGCUGGAAUGUCCAAGCUGAACAACCACUGUCCAGUUCCUCUUCGGCUGCCCAGUUUUCAUAAUGAGAACCACUGUUAUUGUUUAUUUGCUGUGGUCAUCCACAAGGGACUGUCUGUGAAUUCUGGCCAUUAUGUCACGGUAGUUAGUAGUUCUUCAUAUACUAAGCUUGAUGAAAUGGUAAGUAGAACUAAACAGACUAGUAGUAGAUCACAUGGUACUUGUUGUGGUUUGGAUUCAGCAAAUCUCAAAUCAUGGUUCUUUUGUGAUGAUGACAAGGUACAAGUUAUUAGUGAGGAGGAGAUGGAGAUGCAUCUCUCGGCUGUAUCCCCACUUGGACCGACUGCCACUCCGUACCUGUUGUUUUACCAGAAACUUGACCAUCAGUACCAGUAAUUAAUUUUUUUGUUAGCCACUAUCAUGGACUAAAACGUUCUGUGAAUGAUGUUUUAGUAACUUUCCAGCUAUUUAUGGAAAUUUUUCUAUAGAGUGGAGAAUUUGUAUUUAUUAACUAUAUUUUCAGUUGAUUUUUAAAAAUAUUUAUUUACAUAAAUACAAAAACUCCAGUUUGGCUUUAAAUCUGUCAAACUAGAAUAUUGAUGUAUACUUGAGUUUUUAAAUUGUUUCUUCACCCCCUGGAGCCCAAUAAAAUGUGUUUGUAAAAAGUU